AUGCAGAUUAAACCAAUCGGUUUAUACGAACAAGGCGACAAUGCCGUACCGACGGAUCAUUCAGCGACCAACUCCUCAAUAACUGAUGGAAUAAUACCACAGUACGAUGAUGAAUUUGACUCGCCAAAAUUAGCGAAACGCGCGACUGGCUACGUCUGGCGACAAAGUCCUGUAGACGCGGAGAUGAAAUUCCUUUCGCAGCCCCACGGCACCCGAGUUUGGAAUUUGGUGGACUUCGCUUUCCAAGACUACGCUGGAUCGGGCAUUACCAUCUAUGUUCACGACUCUGGCAUCAAUAUGGAACACGAGGAGUUUACAAGGGAUCCACCCGCCGGCGUCGUGAAGGGUAAAGUUGAGUGGCUUUAUCCAAAGCGGCACGGACUCAAAAAGUUUCAGAAUAAGAAGGGAAAACCGACAACAGAUCCCACUGGCCAUGGAACAUGCGUGGCAGACAAAGCUAUAGGUCAGGUCUACGGUGCGGCUAAGGGUGCCAGUCUGAAGAUGGUUCCUUUUGUCGAUAUUGGUGAUAAUGACUGGAUGCUUGCUGGGCUGGAAGCCAUUGUCGAAGAUAUUAAGGAGCAAAAGGAAGCUUCCAAUGGGGCAUUCUUUCCGGUUGUCUCGUUAAGCUACGCCCUCGGACACCAAAGUGAUUCGGAUCACCGCAAAUAUAGGUCGUAUUACAAGCAGAUGGUGGACCUUGGUGCUGUGAUCGUGGUUGCUGCGGGUAAUGACAAACAGAAAGGUCGCGAAAAUGUCGACCAGAUUCCGGCUUUAUUUGCACAGGAGGACGAUUUCGCAGAUAGUAUGGUGGUCGUUGGCUCUGUGGAUGUCGACGGAUAUCCAUCCCGAUUCUCACAAGGUGGCCCGUUAGUCCAAGUCUGGGCACCCGGAACUGUCAACAGCAAUGACCCCAAACUCUGGGGUGUGGAAUGCGCCUUGCCCACCGGUACAACUGGAUACGCUCGCAAGGAAGGUACAUCGUUCGCAGCUCCGACCGUGGCUGGUGUUGCAGCCUACCUGCUUUCUGUUUACCCAGAGCUUCGCGUUCAAGGUUCGUCCGGCAAAUUGGUGGCCGCGAGACUGAAACGAAACGCAUAUGUACGGAUGAAUCUGAGGGGCGGAAUGCCUAGCGUGUGGAACGAGGAAUACGGAGAUACUUCCUGUUAG